UCGUGCGCGACGGAAGUGCGCAUGCGCGUGUUCCACUGUCAGUCCCCGGCCAGAGAGAGGGUGCUGUGUGUGGUUGGGCUAUGCUGCUGCUAUAGAGCACUGAUUGAUUAUAUUUUUAUUAUAUGCACUGCUAGGGUCUGCAUGCUGGAUAUGCUUUUGGUUUGUGAUAAACUUUAUAUGUUUUACUUGCCUCCAUCCUUCUAUUCUAUCCCUGUUAAGCAAUGUCCCUUUAACUCCUUACCCUUUCCCAUUGCUUGCACUGUAUUUCUCUAAUUUAGUUGUUACAUCUAGCACUUACUCCUUUAAAAAAAAAAAAAAAAUUGUAUAUAUAUUUUUUACAUUUAAACUUAAUGCUUAAUUUAGGUCACUUCCCAAUUUUCAUUUGUAAACUAAACUUCCUACUUUGUAGUCAAUGCCCAUCUCUUAUAUUAACUUGCCCCAGUGCUCCCUUUACUAUUACAUUAUCACCCUGCUGCAGCCUCCAUAACUUGCUACCACAGCUUCUAUAGUUUUGUUACACUAGAUGCCAUACAUUGUCACCCUAUUUGCUGGUCUUCUUUUGUUUAUUUACCCCCUUGCUCCUUCUUUGACUGCUGAUUUCCACAUUUUGUUAGCCCAUUUCCUUCUGCCAUGCGUGUGUCUUUGCCUUGGAAAAUUGCUGCUGGCCUUCUGGUUAACCUGCUCUCAUCCAUCUGUAUUGUGUUUGUGAACAAGUGGAUUUACAUACAUUAUGGCUUCCCCAACAUGAGCCUCACCUUGGUGCACUUUGUGGUUACUUGGCUGGGACUGUAUAUUUGUCAAACAUUCGGGGUCUUCUGCCCCAAGAGCCUUCCUGCCUCCAAGGUGCUGCUUCUAGCGCUGAGCUUCUGCGGGUUUGUGGUCUUCACCAACCUGUCGCUUCAGAACAACACCAUAGGUACCUACCAACUGGCAAAGGUCAUGACUACCCCUGUCAUCAUCUUCAUACAGACUCUUUGGUACGGGAAGUCCUUUAACCUCAAGACCAAGCUCACUUUGGUACCGAUUACAUUAGGGGUGUUUCUUAACUCCUACUAUGACGUGAAGUUUAACAUGCUUGGCAUGGUCUUUGCAGCCCUUGGCGUUCUAGUGACGUCGCUUUAUCAAGUGUGGGUAGGAACUAAACAACACGAAUUACAGGUGAAUUCAAUGCAGUUGUUAUACUACCAGGCUCCAAUGUCCUCUGCCAUGCUGCUGUCGAUCGUACCUUUUUUUGAACCAGUUGUUGGAGAAGGGGGUAUAUUUGGACCAUGGUCUGUUACAGCCAUUGUGAUGGUAAUAUUUUCUGGAGUUAUUGCUUUCACCGUCAAUCUAUCCAUUUAUUGGAUCAUUGGAAAUACCUCUCCAGUCACAUACAAUAUGUUUGGACAUUUCAAAUUCUGUAUCACUUUAAUAGGAGGAUACAUUUUAUUUAAGGACCCAUUGUCUCUAAACCAGGCCCUCGGAAUAUUUUGUACUGUGUUUGGCAUUUUAGCAUAUACCCGAAUCAAAUUCAGUGAGCAGGAAGUGAAUAAAAGCAAGUUAGUUCAGCGACCAUAAGACUCUACAGUACCCUUGGAAAAACAACAUUGUAUACAAGAGAUCUAUUUUUUUAAGGAUCCAUAUAAGUUUUAUUUGUUACUACAUUGGGAAAGUAAAUUUUGUAUAACAUUUCAAUGUGUCCUUGGACACUGGACACUGCACAGGCCUUCAUUCUGUGCCAAAACACACAUCACCACAACACUGCAACGAUAAAAGCAGAUUCGCAUUGUGUUAAUCUAUAAUCGGCUGUUUCUUUUUGGAACAUUAUGUACACUUUAUAAAUAUCAAUGCUUGGAUAUAACAAACAAACAAACAAAUCAGUUAUAAAACCCCAAAAUAUAAUAUUCUUUGGUGAUGCAGAGUGAAAUAGAAGAAUUUUACAUCAUUAUUCCUUUUAUGACAGUAAUUUUGUAUCUAUAUUCUAAAAUAUGUAGAUGUGCAAUGCAUGUCGGAGUAUAAUUUUAUUUUUGCUGUUUGUGUUUUUGUUAUCAUGAAAAUAAAAUUUAAUUAGAUUUGUUUGUA